AGUUCCUUUAAGCAAAAGACCAAAACAAGCUAGAACAAAAAACAAAAACGAGUAAACCGUGAGAAGAGGCUGCUUAAAAUCAGUGGGAAGCGAUCAGUAAAGAUGGUUGGGUACUAAACUUAACGGGCAUAUCGGUCACUGAAGUCUCCUAAUUAGCAAGUUCUGAAGUAAUUGUCUUGUUUGUGUCUUUGAAGUUGCCAACAGAUCCUGAAGCAUGACGAUCGUUGGCAUAAUCCCAAUCAUGGUGCAGAAAUACCAGUCACCUGUGCGGGUGUACAAGCAUCCCUUUGAGCUGGUGAUGGCGGCUUAUGAGCGCCGCUUCCCUACUUGUCACCUCAUCCCCAUGUUUGUGGCGAGUGACGUUGUGAAUGAGGAGACCAGUGAGGAUGGUUCCACCCAGAAGAUUGAGCGCCGCUGUGCCCUGGAUGUGGAUGCCCCACGCCUUCUCAAAAGGAUUGCAGGUGUAGACUAUGUCUACUUCAUCCAGAAAAACACACUGAACCGAAAGGAGAGGACUCUGCACAUUGAGUCCCACAAUGAGACCUUCUCCAACAGGGUUGUUGUCCACGAGACAUGCUGCUAUUCGGUCCACCCGGAGAAUGAAGACUGGACGUGUUUUGAGCAAACCGCCAGUCUGGACAUCAAGUCCUUCUUCGGCUUUGAGAGCACCGUGGAAAAGAUUGCUAUGAAGCAGUAUGCCAGCAGUAUCAAAAAGGGAAAAGAAAUCAUAGAAUACUACCUAAAGGAGCUAGAUGAUGAGGGGAUCACUCAUGUGCCCCGCUGGAGUCCCUUCUCUCAUUCCCUGCCUCUCUCCAGCCCGACCAGCCUCUCAACGAACCAACCUGAGCUUGGAAUCGUGCCUGCCGAUUCAGUCCCAGUGUCUGCAGAUGCCAGGGAUGGACCCUCACAGGAUGCAAAGCAGGACAGCAACUUGCUUCAGAACGACAGCCUUGCAGAGAUUCUGCCGGGGACACCAGAAGACAAGCUGGAUGCAGACUAUAUCAAACGUUACCUGGGUGACCUGACACCCCUGCAGGAGAGUUGCCUGAUCAGACUGCGCAAGUGGCUUCAGGAGACACACAAGGGAAAGGUACGGCACUGUUUCUCAAAAGGAAUAAUAACAAAAUAUGACUGGAUACAUUAUUGAUACAUUUUGAUACAUUUGAGGACAAAACAUGAAAGCAUUCCUCAGUGUACACAAUAACUUGUCUUAUGUAAGAAGAGCAGAUGGCCAGCAAUGCUGACCUUUCCACUUAGCUUGUAGUCUUUGUGGAAUGUAAAUCGUGUGCUAUAUCAUGUAAACAUUUAUUUAAUUUUUAAUUUUUCAGACGGCCGUCCUUUGUACAUCCUGAGGCUCGGCCAGAUGGACACCAAAGGACUGGUGCGCGCUCUCGGGGAGGAGUCUUUGCUCAGACAUGUGCUUUCUAUCAAUGAGGAGGGUCUGAGACGCUGUGAGGAGAACACAAAGGUGUUCGGUCGGCCAAUCAGCUGUUGGACAUGUCUAGUAGAUCUGGAGGGGCUGAACAUGCGUCACCUAUGGCGACCAGGAGUCAAGGCGCUGCUGAGGAUCAUCGAGGUCGUGGAGGCAAACUACCCUGAGACUCUAGGACGGCUGCUUAUAUUGAGAGCUCCAAGAGUCUUCCCAGUCCUUUGGACACUGGUGAGACUCAGGAUAAGAGUAACUCAGACCCUGUGGGGUCAUCCUGCAGCACCGGAUUAUGCAUACAGUGAAUUUUCACCGUACUUCUUUUUGCAAUCAGUCGAUUCACAUUUAAUGCCAAAAACAUCAUCUUAUACAGCCCAUGCACUUUAUGUAAACCUGCUUAAUUUCUUCCACCUCCAUCAGAUUGUGAUCGAGAUCAUCGACGCCUCCUCGGUUAUUACCUGGGAUUUCGACGUGUGCAAAGGCGACAUCGUUUUCAACAUCUACCACUCAAAGCGAGCUCCGCAAGUACCACGCAAAGAUACCCUGGGAGCCCACGGCAUCACCUCCCCAGGAGGCAACAACGUGCAGCUCAUCGACAAGUCCUGGACGCUGGGUCAGGAUUACAGCAUGGUCGAGUCUCCGCUCACCUGCAAGGAGGGCGAGAGCGUGCAGGGUUCCCACAUAACCAGGUGGCCGGGUUUCUACAUCCUCCAGUGGAAGUUCCACAACAUGGCGGCCUGCUCGGCCACCAACCUGCCCAGAGUGGAUGACGUGCUGGCCACCCUCCAGGUCUCCUCACACAAGUGUAAAGUCAUGUACUACACUGAGGUGUUGGGCUCUGAGGACUUCAGAACGGCUUGCUGUGAUGUGCGGAGUUUGGGAUCGAUGACCAGCUUGGAGUCGAGCCACAGCGGCUUCUCUCAGCUUAGCGCCGCCACCACCAACUCCAACCAAUCCCAGUCCAGCUCCAUGAUCUCCAGGUAGAAAUUGGUGUCAGAGGACUUCAAUUCCCAAAACCCACGUCCCCCCCUCCACUGCCCAUACCGUCAACACGGACGCCAACUUUUCCUACCCCCAUACCCUUAAACCAUCAUCUUUGGACUCUGUUCCUAUUGCACAGCCAGUCUCUGUGGAACUGAUGCAUGCUUGCACAAACGGAAGACAAAGAAUUAAAAAAUUCUGAGGCAAAAAGAAA